AUGUCUUCUCCGCCUAAGAGGGCUAUCGUCGUCGGCGGGGGUCUCGCAGGCUUCAGUGCAGCCAACACUAUCUUGGAAGCUGGUGGUCGUGUGCUGCUUCUUGAUAAAUCGGCGUUUUGCGGGGGGAACUCCUCGAAGGCCACUUCGGGUAUCAACGGCGCCGGAACCAAGACGCAGAAGGCCCUAAAUGUUCAGGACUCUAAUGAGCUGUUCGAGUCGGACUGUAUGAAGGGUGGUGCCAAGCACCCCGAACUUGUCAAGGUUAUGGUUGAGAACUCCGGUGCCUCCGUCAACUGGUUGAUGGACAACUUCGAUUUGGAUCUGUCCCUUCUUGCUCGCCUUGGUGGUCAUUCUGUCGAGCGUACUCAUCGUGGUAAGGAGAGAUUCCCUGGUAUGACUAUCACCUACGCCGAGAUCCAGAUGGCUGAGGCGAUCGCUAAGAAGUUCCCCGACAGGUGUGAGAUUUUAAACAAGUGCAGGGUAACCAAGUUACUCACCACCCCAAAUGGGGAUGUCAAUGGCGUGCAGUAUACCACGAAGAAGGGCGACACUGUCGAGGAGUACGGUCCUGUGAUCCUUGCCACUGGUGGCUUUGGCGCCGAUUUUUCGGAAUCUGGCAUUCUUGCUAAGGUCCGCCCUGAUUUACUUAAGCUGUCCACCACUAAUGGCGAGCACUGUACUGGCGAUGGUAUCAAGAUGGGUCAGGCAAUCGGUGCUCAGACGGUCGACUUGGACUUUGUUCAAGUCCAUCCCACUGGUUUGGUUAACCCUAAGGAUCCCGAUUCGAAGGUUAAGUUCCUGGCUGCCGAGGCCUUGAGAGGUGUAGGCGGCAUACUUUUGGACUCUAAUGGAAAGAGGUUCGUCAAUGAGCUCCACCGCCGCGACUAUGUCUCGAACACUAUGUUCAAGAAUAAGGGCCCCUUCAGGCUUGUGCUCAACAGCAAGUCCUCUCAGGAGAUCCACUGGCACUGUGAGCAUUACAAGGGUCGUGGUGUUAUGAAGGAGUUCAAGACUGGUCGGGAUCUUGCUAAAGAGAUGGGUAUCGAGCCUGCAGUGUUAGAGAAAACCUUCAAGGAGUAUAAUGAGAUCAUGAAGAAGCAGGUUGCUGACCCCAAUGGAGGUCCCUAUGAUGCCUAUCCGUCUGGCAAGACCCAUGAUCCCUAUGGUAAGAAAUUUUUCAAGGACUACCCUAUGUCUAUCGAUGAUACGUUCAACGUCGCCAUUGUUACUCCUCUGGUGCAUUACACUAUGGGAGGGCUGAAGAUCAACACCUUCGGUCAAGUUCUUGGCCCCAAGGACAAGCCUAUCAAGGGUCUAUAUGCUGCUGGUGAGGUCAUGGGUGGCGUGCACGGGAACAACAGGUUGGGUGGCAAUUCGCUACUUGAUUGUGUGGCGUAUGGACGCGUCACCGGCAAGCACUGUGCGUCAGAGGUCAUGAAGCUCAAGGCUUCAGACGCUGUCCCGCUGAAGGAUCUGAAGGAGGGCCGAACUGCUCCCAGCGUCCGUGCUAUUGUGGUCGGUGGUGGUCUGGCUGGAUUCUCGGCUGCUAAUACUAUCUUGGAGAAUGGUGGCAAUGUCUUGUUGUUGGACAAGUCGGCCUUUUGUGGCGGUAACUCUUCCAAGGCUACUUCCGGUAUCAAUGGUGCCGGUACCAAGACCCAGAAGGCUUUGGGCGUCAAGGACUCCAAUGAGCUCUUCUACAACGACUGUAUGAAGGGUGGCGCUAAACAUCCUAACUUGGUCAAGGCGAUGGUCGAAAACUCUGGUGCCUCCGUCAACUGGUUGAUGGACAACUUCGAUUUGGAUCUGUCCCUUCUUGCUCGCCUUGGUGGUCACUCUGCUGAGCGUACUCAUCGUGGCAAGGAGAGAUUCCCUGGUAUGACCAUCACCUAUGCCGAGAUCCAGAUGGCUGAGGCGAUCGCUGCGAAGUUCCCCGACAGAUGCCAAAUUAUCAAUAAGGCCAGAGUGACUGAGUUGCUCACUGACAAUGGUACUGUUGUCGGUUGUAAGUACACCGACAAAAAGGGUCAAGUUCAUGAGGAGAAGGGUCCGGUCAUUCUUGCUACUGGUGGGUUCGGUGCUGACUUCUCCCCCGAUGGGAUAUUGGCCAAGGUUCGCCCAGAUCUCCUGAAGCUAGCCACUACCAAUGGUGAACACUGUACUGGUGAUGGUAUUAAGAUGGGCACCGCUGUUGGUGCACAGACGGUCGACCUGGAGUUCGUCCAAGUGCACCCAACUGGUCUGGUUAACCCCAAAGAUCCUGAUGCAAAAGUCAAGUUCUUGGCCGCUGAGGCUCUCCGUGGUGUUGGUGGUCUUCUUCUUGACGCCGAUGGCAAGCGCUUCGUCAACGAGCUCCAUCGCCGCGAUUAUGUCUCGAACACUAUGUUCAAGAAUAAGGGCCCUUUCAGGCUUGUCUUGAACUCGUCUUCGGCUGAAGAGAUCCACUGGCACUGUGAGCACUAUAAAGGGCGUGGUGUGAUGAAAGAGUUUGCAAGCGGCAAGGCUCUCACUCAAGAGAUGGGUAUCGAUCCCGCAGUACUCGAGAAGACCUUCAAGGAUUACAACGAGAUCAUGAAGAAGCAGAUCGACGACCCCGACAACGGUCCUUAUGACGCCUACCCCAGUGGCAAGACCCAUGAUCCCUUCGGUAAGAAGUUCUUCAAGCCUUAUCCGAUGAAGAUGGAUGAUCACUUCCAUGUCGCUAUCGUUACGCCGCUCAUCCACUAUACUAUGGGUGGCCUCAAGAUCGAUGACCACGGCCGUGUACUCGGCGAAGGUGACAAGGCUAUCGAGGGCCUGUACGCUGCUGGUGAGCUCAUGGGCGGUGUCCACGGCAACAACCGUCUUGGUGGCAACUCGUUGUUGGACUGCGUGGUAUAUGGUCGUCUCACUGGUAAGGAUUGUGCUACAUACAUGAUGAAGGGAAGGACCAAACCAGUACCUCUGAAGUGCCUCAAGCAGGGCCUAACUAAAGAUAUCAAGACAGUCAUUGUUGUUGGUGGUGGUCUUGCUGGUUUCUCUGCCUGUAACACCGUCUUGGAGAAGGGUGGCCAAGUGCUGCUGCUUGACAAGUCGGCCUUCUGUGGUGGUAACUCGUCGAAGGCCACUUCUGGUAUCAACGGUGCCGGGACUAAGACUCAGAAGGCUUUGGGAGUUAAAGACUCGAAUGAGUUGUUCUAUUCCGACUGCAUGAAGGGUGGUGCUAAGAAGCCCGAUCUGGUCAACGCCAUGGUCGAGAACUCCGGUGCCUCCGUCAACUGGUUGAUGGACAACUUCGAUUUGGAUCUGUCCCUUCUUGCUCGCCUUGGUGGUCAUUCUGUCGAGCGUACCCAUCGUGGUAAGGAGAGAUUCCCUGGUAUGACUAUCACCUAUGCUGAGAUCCAGAUGGCUGAGGCGAUCGCCAAAAGCCAUCCUGACAAGUGCAAGAUCAUCAACAAGGCCCGGGUUACCAAGUUGUUAACUGAUGACGAUGGUUCUGUCACAGGCGUGGUUUACGAGACUAAGGGUGGUGAGACUCACGAGGCUCAUGGUCCUGUUGUUCUUGCUACUGGUGGUUUCGGCGCGGAUUUCUCCCCUGAUGGUAUUCUUGCUAAGGUCCGCCCAGAUCUACUUGGACUUUCUACCACUAACGGGGAGCACUGUACUGGCGAUGGUAUUAAGAUGGGUAUGGAGAUUGGUGCUGACACUCUGGACUUGGAGUUCGUUCAAGUUCAUCCAACGGGCUUAGUUAACCCGAAGGACCCGAAGUCUAAGGUUAAGUUUCUUGCCGCUGAAGCUCUCAGAGGUGUUGGUGGUAUUCUUCUGGACGCUGAUGGCAACCGGUUCGUUAAUGAGCUCCAUCGUCGCGACUAUGUCUCGAACACUAUGUUCAAGAAUAAGGGUCCCUUCAGGCUUGUGCUUAACAGCAAGUCCUCUCAGGAGAUCCACUGGCACUGUGAGCAUUACAAGGGUCGUGGUGUUAUGAAGGAUUUCGCCUCGGGUGCCGCCCUGGCUCAGGAGAUGGGUAUCCCUACCUCCAAGCUGGAGCAGACUUGCAAGACCUAUAACGAGAUUAUGCAGAAGCAGAUUAAGGACCCUGAUGGAGGCCCAUAUGAUGCCUACCCCUCCGGCAAGACCCAUGAUCCCUUCGGCAAGAAGUUCUUCAAGGACUAUCCUAUGUCAGUCAACGACACUUUUGAUGUUGCUAUUGUUACUCCCUUGGUUCAUUAUACCAUGGGAGGUCUGGCCAUCGAUCCCAAGGGACGCGUCUUGAACAAGAGUGGUAAAGUCAUCAAGGGUCUGUACGCUGCUGGUGAAGUCAUGGGAGGUGUCCAUGGCAACAACAGGUUGGGUGGCAACUCUCUUCUUGACUGUGUCGUCUAUGGUCGUCUCACUGGUGCGGGAAGUGCAACUUAUGCUGGAGCAGAUGAGCCCAUCAGCUUGAAGCAACUAAAGAGCACAGCCUCAGCCCCUGCUGCUGCGACUGCUCCUGCGAAGGCUCCUCCUAAGCCUGCGCCAGCUGCUGCUCCCGUCCCUGCGGCCCCCACUGGACCUGCUCCGAUCACCAUGGCAGACGUGGCCAAGCAUAACACCAAGGAUGACUGCUGGGUCGUUAUUAACGGUGAUGUUCUCAAUGUAACUGACUUCCUUCCUGAUCAUCCUGGUGGAGACCUCGCCAUUAUGACCUUUGCUGGCAGAGAUGCUACGACCGAGUUCAACAUGAUCCAUCCCCCGGAUGUCAUCGAUAAGUACGUCCCGGAUGCUGUUGUUGGUCAGAUCGGAGUUGCCCCGGCUGGAGCCGCGCCUGCCGCUGCUCCGGUCGCAGCUGCGGCGCCUGCUGCUGGAGGCGGUAUCACUUUGGAAGAUGUCGCUAAGCAUAACACCAAGGCGGAUUGCUGGGUUGUGAUCAACGGGCAAGUCUUGGACGUUACCGACUUCCUACCCGACCAUCCUGGUGGUGAGCUGGCUAUCCUUACUUUCGCUGGUCGUGACGCUUCUAAUGAGUUCAACAUGAUCCAUCCACCUGAUGUCAUCGAGAAGUAUGCCCCGGAUGCGAUCGUUGGCGAACUUGGUGCUGCUGCUCCUGCCGCUGCUGCGCCGGCUGCUGCUGCCGCUGCUGCUGCUCCCAUUCCCGCUAAUGGCAAAACUAUGGAGGAAGUCGCCAAGCACAACACUAGAGAGGAUUGUUGGGUGGUCAUCAAUGGUCAAGUUUUGGACGUCACAGGCUUCCUCCCUGAUCAUCCAGGUGGAGACUUGGCUAUCCUUACCUUCGCCGGACGUGAUGCUACCAACGAGUUCAACAUGAUCCAUCCGCCGGAUGUCAUCGAGAAGUAUGCUUCAGACUCUGUGCUCGGCCCCGUUGUACAGGCUGCUCCCCAGCCUGCAGCUCCUGCUGCCACUGGAGCGCUGACUCAACCUUUGCUCGCUGAUCCGAGGGUCGCAAAGGAGCAGUGGUGGGGUGAGGAUCGUAAUACUGCCGUUAUGCACGGCCCAUUGGGGGAUUCUAUGUAUUCGUAUUGUGCCGGAGUGAUAUACUUCGCCUGGCUGUUGAUCUUGGAGACUCUGAAGACCAUUUUCACGGUGAAGAACUAUAAGGUCAUUCACGACAAGUCUGGAUUGACUAGGUCUGCCAUGUUCCUGAUCGUGUUCGUGGUUAUUCAUGGCGUCGGUAAUCUUCACGUUUUCUUCGGUCCCGAUCACUUCAAUGGAUACACGUACUUCCUCAACCACCCCUGUCCCUGGAGCACACUCUUCCUCCCGGUCGAGAUAUAUCUCCUGGCUGCCGGUCUCCUCCAUGUUGCUGUGGGUUUGAUCCGUACCUAUAAGUUCAAAACCAUCAACACUGCUUUCGAUCAGCUAUGGCUCAUCACCACUGGAAUAGUGCUACUCGUAUUCCUGAUCGUCCACUUGUUGCAGUUCCGUUUCGUCUCCGAAGCCAGUGCUCCUCUGUACUACUUCCGUGCCAAGUGGAUGUAUCCCUUCUUCUGUGACAAGUACGACACCUCGUGCAAAGUGGUAAGUAUCAAGGAUCUGUACAAGAUGGAGCUCCAGAUCUUCGAGCACUUCGGAUGGGUCUGCUUCUAUCUCAUCGGUGUUUGUUCUUUCAUCCUUCAUGUCAAGGAGGGCCUGAGGAAGGUCAUCGCUGCUCAUCCGGCAGUUCCAAGGAAGUACAAGGGUAGGGCGACCACCAUUGGCAGUAUCGUCAUUAUUCUACUCGGUCUGAUCUACCUGUCCUAUCCUAUCUUCUGCUACUUCGCCCCUGUGAAGAGCUGGGCCAAGUACGACAAGGAGAUGAUUCAGCCUGGCACACCAUAGAGAGCUGAAAUUUUUUUCCAAUGCACCAGUGUGUCACUGUCAUUAAAGUCGAGGGAAGAGUUUGUUGAACGAUUGAGAUUAUCUGAUGGACCAGUGCCAUCUACAUCUUAUUUUACGUAGAAGUCCGUAAUACCUCUUCAUUAUUGU